AUACCAGAGACAAAAAAACAACCAGGCACAGAGCUGCGACUCAGAGGAACAACACAACAAAGCCCCACAGACCUCUCAUCAGACACUUCACCGGAGAAAAAUCACUUCUCUGGACACGUAGAGAGAUGUAGGACAAUUUAUCAUCAUAUUUUUCUGCCAGCAUAAAAGAGGGGGGGCUGCGGAGAAGGGGGUGGUGCAUCUGAGCCAGAGAUCUUGUUACAGAGAUCCAGACUUUUUCAUGGCAAGUUUUUUGCAAGUGGGGGGAGGGCGAAUCUGCAACUUUCUCGGCCUGGUGUCUUUUUCAUACCGAGCCUAAAACGCUUCAUAUGAAUACUUUAUAUGGCCCUGAGUUGAUUAUCCAUUCUGUCCAUACUUGAGGGCAGUUUUGGAGCUGUUCGGAGUUUGGAUAAUGAAGGAAUUCAGGAGGAUCCAGCGAGGAUCAUCGGACGAGAAGUGCAGAAUAAAAAAGUUUGGGAGGACUGCGAGAAAACUUUGAAGCGCCCCGCAGCUUUUUUCCUCACCAUGUCGCGUUUGGAAACUUAUUCGAAAUCUAUUGAAGAAAACGUCCUCUCUGGAUCUCUUGCAGGGAAAAGGUCAUUGAAGCACUAGAAUACGAAAUAAGUCAGAUUAUUUUUUGCACGGUUGAUUUCUCUCUCCCAAGAUGUCUUCCCACGGUUGGAGCCCUAUUGUUAGAUUUUACGGGAUGCUCUGCGUCUGGGCUGCCUGGCUUUCAGGCACCGGGGCUGUGUUGUCUCCAAACGGGACGAUAUUUGAGGACAAAUGCAAGAAAACGACAACUUGCGAGGCGCUUAAAUACAACACAUGCCUGGGAUCGCCUUUACCAUAUACACAUACUUCUCUGAUUCUGGCGGAGGACUCCAGCACCCAAGAAGAGGCUUUUGAAAAAUUGACCAUGUGGUCUGGUUUGAGGAACGCUCCUCGAUGUUGGUCGGUCAUCCAACCGCUGCUCUGUGCUGUCUACAUGCCCAAAUGCGAGAACGGUCGUGUUGAGCUGCCCAGUCAGAGCCUGUGUCUGGCUACGCGUCGGCCGUGCAGCAUCGUGGACCAGGAGAGAGGCUGGCCCAACUUCCUCAAAUGUGACAAAUUCCCUGUGGGAUGUUCGAAUGAGGUGCAAAAGCUGAAGUUUAACACAUCAGGUCAGUGCGAGGCUCCCCUGGUGAAGACGGACAUUCAGUCCAGUUGGUACAAGGAUGUAGAGGGCUGUGGCAUCCAGUGUGACAACCCUCUGUUCACUGAGGCCGAGCACAACGACAUGCACAUCUACAUCGCUUACUUUGGCACCAUCACCCUCCUCUGCACCUUCUUCACCCUGGCCACAUUUCUCGCCGACUGGAAAAACUCCAACCGCUACCCAGCCGUCAUCCUCUUCUACAUCAACGCCUGUUUCUUUGUGGGCAGUAUUGGCUGGCUGGCCCAGUUCCUGGAUGGAGCACGCAAGGAGAUUGUGUGCAAAAGUGAUAACACCAUGAGACUUGGGGAACCUUCGUCUUCAGAGACACUGUCAUGCGUCACCAUCUUCAUCAUCGUCUACUACUCCCUGAUGUCAGGUGUGAUCUGGUUUGUCAUGCUGACCUAUGCCUGGCACACGUCCUUCAAAGCCCUGGGCACCACCCACCAGCCGCUGUCUGGCAGAACCUCCUACUUCCACAUGGUCACCUGGUCCAUCCCCUUCGUCCUCACUGUGGCCAUCCUGGCUAUCGCUGAGGUGGAUGGAGACUCGGUGAGUGGGAUCUGUUUCGUCGGCUACAAAAACUACAGAUACCGCGCUGGGUUCGUGCUGGCACCCAUUGGUGUUGUGCUUGUUGUUGGUGGCUACUUCCUCAUUCGGGGUGUCAUGACCUUGUUUUCCAUCAAGAGUAACCACCCAGGACUACUGAGUGAGAAAGCAGCGAGCAAAAUCAACGAGACGAUGCUGAGACUUGGCAUAUUUGGGUUCCUCGCUUUUGGCUUUGUUUUCAUCACCUUCGGCUGCCACUUUUACGACUUCUUCAACCAGGCUGAGUGGGAGAGGAGCUUCAGAGAAUAUGUGCUGUGUGAAGCGAACGUGACGAUCGCCUCUCAGACCAACAAGCCGAUCCCGGAAUGCACCAUUAAGAACCGGCCCAGCCUCAUGGUGGAGAAAAUCAACCUGUUCUCAAUGUUUGGGACGGGAAUCGCUAUGAGCACCUGGGUGUGGACUAAGGCCACCAUCCUCAUCUGGAAACGCACCUGGUGCAAGAUUAUUGGCCGAAGCGACAAUGAACCCAAGAGGAUCAAGAAGAGCAAGAUGAUUGCCAAGGCGUUUGCAAUGAGGAAAGAGCUCCACAAGGACCCAGAGAAGGAACUGUCGUUCAGCAUGCACACUGUGUCCCAUGACGGGCCAGUGGCUGGAAUCAAUUUUGACCUAAAUGAGCCAUCCAACGACAUGUCAUCAGCUUGGGCGCAGCAUGUGACUAAGAUGGUGGCCAGGCGAGGUGCCAUCCUGCCUCAGGACAUUUCUGUUACACCUACGGGUACACCAGUGCCACCUCCAGAGGAGAGGAACAGACUGUGGAUGGUGGAGGCAGAGAUUUCACCAGAGAUGAUAAAGAGGAAAAAGAAGAAGAAGAAGAGAAAGAAGGAAGUGCGUCCGGUGAAGGAGGUGGUGGACCACCAGACUUAUCAUCAGCGAGAGUUUGGCCGCAGCUCAGUGCCUCGCCUGCCCAAACUGCCCUGCCACCCGAGCCUGGUCGCCAAUCUGCGGGAACAGCAGAGGCAGCAGCAGAAGCUGGAGGAGGAAGUCCUGCCGGGGUCUUACCCAGACUUCCAAACCUCACACCCUCUGUCCUGUGAGGAGAGAUGUUCCUAUCCACCAUACCAGAGCAGUCAGAACAGCUACGGCCGCAGCCUGCUCUCUAAUCCCCUGACCUUCAAUGAUCGUCCACAGGAUCUGGGUCUCGGCCCGCGCUGCAACCCCUCAGUCUCCACCUGGCAGCCUAAUGGAUCUUCUCACUUCCCCGGGGAGGUGGAUCUCACUGACGGGCUGUCAGAGAGGUUGGCUCAUGUGGCUCGGGUACCAGCAGGCCGGAGGGUCGGUUAUGGGCCCAUCCACUCCCGGACCAAUUUAAUGGAGGCGGAGCUUAUGGAUGCUGACUCUGACUUCUAAGAGCAAAGCUCCAAUAUAUUCUGGCUGUUUCUUUGUGGUACACAGACUGUAAGCUAUAAAAAGUGCUGGAUACUUUCAGAAUUCUUACUAAGGUGCACCUAAAUUCCAAUGCGCAGAGAUCAAAACGGAACUAAGCUGGUCAUUUUUUAUUUUCUUUUGAUUUUGUUUUGUUUUUUAGAAAAGGCAAAAGGAUAAAGUGAAAAAAUAUGUUGUGAAUAAGUUAAUGAAAAAAUAUUUUUUGUACUUUUAUUUGUAUCCAAUAAAAUUUCAAAGGCAACUCCAUUAUGAUAGGACAAAUGAGGCAGCUAAACUGUACAUGGCUUGAAACAGUAUAGAUAUCCUUAGUAUGAAACCCUAUCAGCUCAGCCCUGCUUGAGACAACAUUUAACUCGAAACACAGCAGAGAAAUCUAGUUGUCAGUCAAAAAUAAAUAUAAUAAAUAAUAAUCAAAUGACCCAAGCAAGUAAUUUUUGGGAUGACUUGAAAGGGCACUACAUUUAAAGUUUUUAAUGUGUAAUUGAUUGAUCUCUCAUGUCAUAAUUAUUUGAACUGUCCCAGUGCAGUAAACCUGAACUCAUACAGUAAACUAUACAGGUUUAAAAUAACUACAGGUUGCUUACAAAUACUGUUGAACCCAUGUCUUCUCUUGUAUUAUAUUUCAGUGUUUUUAAGGCUCUGUAUCUCUCUACCCACCAAAAUUUAGCCAAUAAUUACUUGUGUUCAUGUACAGUUAACCUGAGGUACUAACCUUUAUCUUUCUUCUCCUAUUAGUACUAAUAUCACUGCUAAGUGACAGGACCUAGAGAGGUUUCUUCAAGAGUUUGUGAUACACACUGAAACUUAAACUGAAGCCAGGAAGUGAUAAAAGAACUGGUUUAAGUUUGACCGUCAUUUUGCCCACAGCAUCAAGUGAACACAUCAGUUUCACAGCUUCACUUCAUUGUGGUUAUCUACUUUUCAGUUUUCAUCAGAAUAACCCAAAUGAUUAUCUUGUCCUUACUGUCCUUCAUUUUUGACAUAAGAAACUGUGCUAAAAUACAUAGUAAUUAUCUUUAUACAUUCUGUUGCCUGGUGCAAUAAUCCAACACUUAUUGCAGUUCUUUGUACAAUUAUUUUUUAAAGGGUUAUUUUUUUACAGCAGUAUUUCUACUUUUGUUAAUCUGUUGUAUAUAUUCAUUCUAUACUGGGUUUCAUAUGCUUUUACUCUUCUCUUCAGUCCAGAUUUAAACUCUUUUGUAUGAUGUCUUUUACACUGCAGUGGGCAUAGAGAUCAUUUUUUACAGUCUUUUUCCUAAUAUAAACAAAAUGCUCCAAUUUUUCCUUCACUCUUUUUUAUAAACGUGUGUACUGUACAUAGGCUGUUCAUAGAUUUCUCAAUAAGGGUAUUAUUUGUACAGAUUUGUAUAUCAAAUCAUUUGAUACUCUGCUGACAUGAUAUAUAUAAAAGGGAAGAGUCAAUUAUGCUAUAAAAAGCUGUCACUGUACUUGUGCUGUAACUAAAAUGUCACCUAGUUUUGUCGUUUUACACUCACACUGUGGAUAAAUGAUGCUGAAGUAGACUGCUAGAUCGCUUCUUAGCCUACUGAAAAUUAGCUUUGUCUAAUAUGUCUAGUUAUUCAUGUGAGACCUGUAUGAGACAGGAGUAUAUUUAUGUUAGUAGUAGUUACCACACUGCUAUGAGUUCAACAAUUUAGUGAGUUUGGCAACAAAAAUAAAGCAUAGCUAAUAUCCACACAAAAGAUUUAAGUUCAAAGAUAUUGAGAAAUUAAAUGAAGAAUACUUAGGGAAUGAAGUAUUACUUUUUAUGCUUUGAAAAGUAAUAAUUUCAUUUUCAAAGGUUUGCCAAUAGGCCUCUGUGUUGCUUUCUGUGUUAAGUCUCCCAGCUGUGUAAAAAACAUUUACUGUCAAUUUUACUGUGCAGGUGUUCUUUUUUGUUUUUCUAUGUAAAUAAAAGUAAUCCUUCAUUUUGUAGCUGCA